GAAGAUUUAAUUUUUAGUUGGUAUUAUUUCUUUUCUUGUGCAUACAAAUUGCGUCUUCUUUCGGCAUUGCAUUUUUUUUUAUUAAAGCUGUAAAGUUUUUAGUGUUUUUAAAAAGUAAAACAAGUAUGAGUCAACAGCCAGUCUAUAUAUGUGAAGAAGAUGUUAAGAGACUUUUAAAGUGGGAGGAGGUAUAUGAAGCUGUUAAAGUGGCUCUACUCUCUGCAGCUUCCAAUGAGAGUUUCUCGCAACCUGCACGAUCUUUCACUGUGGCAUCUCCUCAGUCAGGUCUUCUGCUUUCUAUGCCAUGCUAUUUGGGCGAUUAUCAGUUGUCAGUGUUAUCAGGGGAAAAGUCUUAUCGCACAUUAGCUUGUAAAUUGGUUACAGCGUUCUCAUUGAAUCCAACACGCGAUCCCCCAGUCCCAAAAAUUCUCGGGAAUAUUUUCCUGUUUCACCCGGAUACCGGGGCUCUUGAGGCAAUUCUCGAGGCAACUGACAUCACAGCUUGGAGAACGGCAUGCGCUUCCUUGGUUGCAACACAGUGUCUAUACUUCGACACUCGUUUGAGGCACCAAGACGUGAUUCUGUCUAUUGUCGGUUGUGGAGUUCAGGGUCGAAUUCAUUCAAUCGGAAUGUGCACUACUUUCCCAUUCACUGAAAUUAGAUUGUGGAAUCGCACAGAAUCAAGAGCCACACAGCUCGCACAUGAACUCACCGAACUUGCUGAACAAUUCAAAAAUCCUUCCAUCAAAAUCACCGUCCAUUCAUGCCUGGAAAGUUGCCUGGACGGUGGGGAUGUGAUUGUCAUUGCAACGAGUUCCCCACGGGCAAUAAUUGAGCGCAAACAUUUGAAAGAUGAUGUACAUAUAAAUGCAAUAGGAGCUGGUGAGGUACAUCACGCAGAAAUUCAUCAGAAUGUGUAUGAUGCGGCAAAGGUGUACGUGGAUCACUGGGAAGGGGCAAAGACGGAGCUGAAAGACCUCAAAGCGGAAAUUGUGGGACUCGUGGGAGACGUACUGAGCCAGAAAAAACCCACACCGCGUCGUGGAAUAACCAUCUUCCAGUCACUCGGAAUGGCAUUGGAAGACGCCACAGCGGCCCAACUGAUUUUUGAAAAAUAUAAAAUGACUCACGGAUAGUUAUUAUUUCCCAAAAUAAUUACCCAAGAAGUUGCCCACAUACAACUCCUCGUUUUAGCAGAAAAGAAUGAAAUAUUUCCACGAUGGAAAUGGAAAGGUUCCCCGAUGGGGUAACCUUGAGACACCAUACAGACACAUUGUGCGCGUUGUAUGUUUUUUUUUUCAACCCGCCCAAAUUAAUAAAUUGCACAUCGAUUUUCUUUGUGACACAAUACCGCAAGAAA